AUGUCCAAGUUUUUCAGAUCGGCAAACUCGAGCGACAGUGAGUCCAGCAGUGACGACGAAGACAGCGAGGAGAUUUGGAGCAACUCCGUCUCACAACUAAACGUUCGGGAGCCUCAGAACAGCGCCGGUGCCCAUAACAAUGCGCUCGCUUUGGGGCAGUCGCGCCAAGGCCCUGGAUCAGGUCGUGACUUCUUAUUACAUGCGCUUCUAGAGGAGAGGUGCAUGACACAGGUGCUUGAGAGGAGACGCCGAGAAGGGCGGGACUUGAACGACAAGGAUGAUAUCGAGCGCGAGGUACACGAAGUCUACACACGGCUUUCCACUCAGCUUGCCUCGCUGCAUCUGGUCUCGCCUGAUCUUCACGGAGAUCAACAUCGGUCUACCAGGCAAGUCGCUCGCGAUGGGCUGAAUCAUAUUAUGUCGGGUUCUUUUGUUGGACGCCAGCAGGCAGCUGUCCCAGCUCCUGUAAGAAGGCUCCUAACAGCUUCAGGCGAAUCAUCCACACCCAGCAGCCCCGUCUCGCUCCUUGACAGCGUCGCAAUUCCGUCCAUACUGCCAAGCAGAUAUGUGCAGGAUUUCGAAGAGAUUGGAGUGCUUGGUCGAGGAGGCUUCGGCGAAGUCUACCAGGUCCGACAUAAAUUGGACGAUUGCAUCUAUGCCGUCAAGAAGAUUCCAAUCCGUCCUUCACUGAUCAACGAAAUCUCUACAGGCGGACAGGCUGCGCUGGAUAAGCUUCUGGCGGAAGUUCGGAGCUUGUCGCGACUCCAGCAUCCAAACGUAGUGAGAUACUUCAACAGCUGGAUCGAGUGGUCGGUUGGUACUGGACAGAACUCAAGCUCCAGUAAUGUCUUCAUGGCCACAAAUGAAAGUCAGAGUGUUGUUGGUGUCAAGGAGACGGAGUCGGAUUCGAGAUCAUUCGAAUCAUUUCACCGUGUCAAGACUCAAGGCGAUACGGAAGAACUCGCGAUCACUUUCGAGAGCAGUCAAAACGCAUCACAAUUGGACUCAUCCGAACAGCACAUCAGGUCAAAUAUCAGCGACGAUGCGUCUCGAGAACUUUCCGGACGUUCCUUCUCCGAAGCAUCGAACGGAGUCACCUUGUCGACAACGCAACCGACUUUAGCGCUCCACAUGCAAAUGAGUGUGCACCAAAUGACCUUGGCAGACUUUUUGGCACCUCCUUCAACUGGCGCCGUCAACCCUCUUUCACAUUGCUUUCACCUCGAACCAUCGCUCCAAAUUCUCCACUCGCUCUUGGACGGCGUGGAGUAUCUCCACUCAGAGAACAUCGUCCACCGCGAUUUGAAGCCCGCGAAUAUCUUCUUGAGGCACGAAAGCAAUCCGAGAGCUGCGCAUGGCUGUGUCGACCUGUUCCUCUGUUCCGAAUGUCGUUCUGCAGGAUCAGCAAACCCAGCCAAGCUGUCUAUCUGCAUUGGUGAUUUCGGUCUCGUCACGCAGCUUGCAAGCGGCGAACCCAACUCUGAUGCAGCGGCCGAGGCCGCCGUAGGGACUGAGAUCUAUCGUCCUACGAGCAAGACCUCAAGUCCGCCAUCGCCUCACCUGGAUAUCUACGCGCUUGGGGUGAUCACGUGCGAACUUCUCUGCAAAUUCAAUACCCAAAUGGAGCGCCGCGACACCUUGCAGUCGCUUCAUCGAGGGGCCUUACCGCAAGAUCUGGCAGUCGGACCAUCUGAUAAGCUUCGUGAUUGCAUAGCGUAUAUGCUAUGCAAUCCAGAAGCGACGAUUGGAGGAAUACGCACGAAGUUGAGCAAUGUUCUGUCGAAUGCGUUGAGUAGCCCUAGCGUGCCUGCAUCAAGACGCUUGAGCUCGUAA